AUGAAGUAUAAGGAAUCCAGCCAAUGCGAUCGCUGGGUGUUCACAAACGAGCAGCUGGCUGAGCUGCGGGGGGCCAAGCUAGAGAGCACCCUGCGGGUCUUGACACAGGUGCUUUUGCGGAGGCGGUGGGUCAGAGACCUUGCCCCGCCCUCCCUGGAGGAGCAGGAGCUGCUGCUGCGGUACUACGGCUCCAAGCUGCAGGCCAUCUGCGCCGAGCUGAAGCUGCCGCGCAAGGUGCUCGGCACCUGCGUCACCUUCCUCAAGCGCAUGUACGUGCACAGCUGCGUGCUGGAGGUGGACCCCCAGACCAUCUUCCUGACCUGCCUCUACCUGGCGUGUAAGACGGAGGAGAGCUACAUCUCGGCCGCUGAGCUGGGGCGCUUGUCAGGCAUGCGGGCCGAGAUUGUGCUGGGGACAGAGCUGACCCUGCUUCAGGGCCUGAAGUUCGACCUGAUUGUCUUCUCGCCCUUCAACGCCAUAGAGGGCUUCAUGCAGGCUGGUAUCAAGAUCCAAAACCCUGCGGCUCUUGUGCUGUCGCCCGACGAGCAGCCGGAGGAGACGGUCCACAAGCUGGCUGCCGUGCUCAGAUCCAUCGAUGAGCUGGGGGCACUGGGCUCAGCGACACUCGACCUGGAGGAAAUUGCAGCGAUCGAUCGCAGGGUGAAGGCCUGCCGCGCCGUCCUGAGCGAGACCAGCCGCAAGGCCGCCAAGGGCAAACCAUCUGGCAAGAGCGGCACAAAGGAAGCGAUCGCUGCAAAGGCUUGA